AUGUCGCCCGACAUCACUUCAUCACGGGAGCAGCUGGAUCCGUUCUCGCUAUGCGCAAACGCGACUCGAUCCGCGCCCUACUCCUACCAUGCCCCGAGCCCUCCGUCUAUUCACAUACCUCCGCCUAAGUGGUCUGCGGACCCUGAAUGCGCCAUGGAGCUCCUGCCGCCGUUACAAGAUGGGGACCCGAGCCAGUUGAACGAUAUACAAAUCAUCACUCGAAAUGAGAGACAAGUCGCGCAGGAUUCUUCCGAUCUUUGGGUGUAUGGUAAUCGCUAUCAGGCGCAGGCCAUUCUGGACUUUCUCUAUCUCGGUCCAAAUUCCGUUAUGCGCGAUCAUGCCUUUCUAGAGCGGGAGGGUAUUACUAUGAUACUCAUUGUGCGCCCAUGGCACUUCACCGCCAUGGAAUCAUCUUCCGCAAAGACGGCCAAAAAUGAACUGAAGAUAUCUGUGGAGUAUAUAGAUGUGAACGGCCUGCACGACCUCAUUCGUACGUUUCCUAGGGCGGUGCAACUGAUAAACGAUCAUUUGUUGGGUAGAGACCACCCUCGGCCUACCGACAGCGAGAGAGACGUAUGCGAGAUGGACGGCAUCAUUGCGCCAUCUAGCAGUUUCCGUCGGGGCAAAGUGUUGGUUACGUGCGCUACGGGGAUGGACUGGUCACCAGCUAUUGUUGCGGCAUACGUCAUGUCCGUGUUUCGCAAGGAUGUGGUGACGGCGUUGCAAUUCAUUAGCUUGCAGAGAGUCUGUUGCGCAUUUGACGAGGAUUUAAAGCGCAUUUUGCAGUCGUGGGGAGAUAUCCUUUCAGCAAGCUCGGCGGUUGCCCAGCAUGCACACCACCAGGGCCUAGAAGUGGCGAAGCCUGGGCUCGGCCAACAUGGAAAAGGUUCUGCAAUGGGAGCCGGGGCCUCGGCGCCAAAGAGGGGAUUGGAUGACAUGAUGGAUGUGAAUGAGGAUGAUUGUCAGGACACUGGAGGAGCUUCCUCGGCGGACCUGGACAGGUUUAUUGACCGGGGCCCGUUCGCACCGUUUGCUGAUGCCAUGCAUGGUAAUUAG